UGUCUUCGGUCGGUUGGCUCUCGGUGAAAAGGAAGCUUAUCCUUCGUUGGAUCGUCAGCUGGUCCAUCAAACGAAUCUAGCCUUUGGUGUUCUUCGCGCUUCGAUCGAAGGUUGUCGUGUUUCUGACCCCAAUCUCAAUUCAGCUUGAACUGAUAAGAAAGGCAGAAGUGUAUUUGCUUGUCCUCGGUUUGCGACGACCAAGAGUUCAUGUCUGAUCUUGAUGUCCAUUUUCCCACUGCUUUUGGCCCAUUUGCUGAGGCAAAUGUUGACGACUCUGGGGCUGGUGCAAAGGAGUAUGUGCGUGUUUGUAUACAACAGAAGAACGGUAGGAAGUCUAACCACUGUAAAAGGAGUUCAGCUAUAACAAGAUCUUGAUGGACUUGAAGGAGUUCUGGUACAAUGGUAUUGUUAUCUAAGAUCCAGAACUAAGCCAGGUAUUCCACUGAUAUAAGUUACAGCUGCCGCCAUGUGUGGUGCCUGCAAAUGGUUGUUCUCUCUCUGAUGGCAGGUUAUUUAACUCGAAGGUGGUUAGAGAAUAAAUGUUUUGAAUUUCCUAGUUCAGGUACAGUAUCUCUAUGUUCUAACAUAUUGUACUUGCAACUAUUGUAUCAACCAAGUCAUAGGGAUUGGUUCAUUUUAUUUUUCCAUUUAACUCCAUGUUUCAGUUUUUUCUGUUGUGAUUAAGCAAAUAGGAAACUGCAAGACCAUUUCCAGUUUGUUUUUGUUUAUAAGUAAUACUUGUGACCUAGAUACAAGCCCAUGUUUAAAAAAGAGAAGAGUCAAUGAAGGUUGUUUUAAGUUGCAGAACUUAAAUAAAUAAUCAAGGGUGUUUCUCCUGUUUUAGAACUUGUAUGUAGGAUGGUGUGCAUGGGCAAGUGGGACGAGUGGCUUACUGUCUUGGUAUUAAAGGGUCUAAGUUAUCAGAGAUCACCAUUAAUGUACAAGAACAGCAGGAGCAGCAACGGCAACCCUUAAUAUCUUAAACUAUUUGGGAUUGCUAAGAAAUUAUCAUGUGUACCCAUCCAAUUGUUUUUCUACUCUGAUCAAUUGUUCACCUGUCUAGGAAUUUCCUGGAGUGAUUAGCUAUUCUUGUGUAUAUGUUGAUUUUGUGGUUCCUCAAUACGAUGCUAGCAUACAACAAUUUGCAUAGUUUGUGAUGAUUCCAAUAUUUUGUUCUCUCCAUGAUAUGGUGGAUUGUUGACUGAUUUUUGAGACAGACAUGUUGUAGUUUCUGAAAUAGUUAGAAAAAAUUUCAGCACACUGACUGCCUACACUCAUCCUUUAGACCAACUUGUUUAAUGCUGGGUUCUUCUUGUACAUUAAAUUUUGUCCCAAAUGUUGCUUUAGAUUCUAGAGAUUCAAUGACUUUCUACUGCCAACUUGUGUUUUUGGUGGAGGCUGGCAUUGUUAAGAAGGAAGACGAUAAGAUUCAUGGUUCUUAAUACUUAGUCGACUAGUUUGUCAUCUAAGCUUGUUUCAACUUGUUUAUGACAUGUUUGGAAUUCUCACCGUCGAAGACGCUCGAUCAAGAUAGCUCGUUUGAGUGACCAAUUAUGUAUGCUAAGAGAAGCUUUUUGCUUCAUGCUAAGAUUGUCACUUGAGUAUCUGAGUCACCAAUCUCUCUCCAGUAAUUGCCCUUCCAUUGUACAUUUGGAAUGCCAUGAAUGCAACUCACUAGCUAUGCUUGAUGUAAAUUGUUUUGUUGCUUCUAAUUUGAACGAAGAGCAUUGGGGCUAGUCCUACUUUGUGUCAUCAGUUGAAUCAAAUGGUGUUUUUGGUCUGACAGAAGUCAACAUCCUGUGGACAGCAACCAAAUGAGAUGUAUAUUUCUGGGUACAAUGUAUCAGUGGAUGCUCCUGAUAAUAUUGCUCAUCUGAAGGUAAGUGGACACCACGCAUCAUUUGAUUAAGUGUUGGAGGAGACACAAAACUCGCUAUGUGGAUUGAUCCCUUUUUCUUCUUUAUUACUCAUUCUUAUUUUGAAGGUACUAUAAAAAUUAUCAUGUGUACAUACACAACUAUGUCCAUGUUCUUUGCUUUUCUGACUAUGAUAUGUUAUCCAGUUAGGGUGAAUGACGAUGAUGUGUCAUUUAUGUGAAUGUUUAAAUAUUAUUGUUGACAAUGUGUCGAGUCUAUGAUAGUGUCAUUUUGGUGUCGACGUAUUAAUUGCUAGUCAUAGGUACCUUACAAGCCAAUCACGUAAGUGAUGGUACGUGUGAUAUGAUACGUAUUCUUUUUGCUUAUUAUAUUAUUUGGUAUUUUAUCAUGCAUGCUGUAUAUAUUAUAAUGUCCGUGGAUCUGUGCAAUAUGAAUCAGAUCGUGUUGAGAUCACGAUAAUGAGAUCGAUUCGCCUUUAAACACAGACCCUAAAUAAUCCUGGUCAUAGGUCACUUGAAAGGGGCAUCGAGAUGACCAAAUAGAUUGGUGUGUUGUACACUCGUCUAUAUAAUGGAGGCGGUUGGUCUUAUAGUUGCUCGUGUGGAGACACUAUGGAUACAGUGCAGGUGCUCAUUGAAGAAUGAGUUCACUGAUUAAUCCGCUUACAGAAUGUUGGAUAGUUGAUGAUACCUCAUUGUCAGACAGCGAUUCCGUCGUCUCAAUAGUCUGUCUGUUCCUUAGACUUAAGACACCAAUGAUGUUCUGUAUGAGUAUUUCACUCUUUGAUAUUAGUCUUAUAUGUCUGGAAGUUCUAUAUCUAGUAUAAUCGGUUAUCGGGAGUGACAAUCAACCUUACGAAGGUUAUUGAGUGUCGAUAGAGGAUUAUCCGUUCUCGGUGUCAUGAGAGGAAUAUCACAUGUGUUUUGCUUAAGCAAAUCCUUGGCCAUGGUCAUUCGGAUUGAGAGAAAAAGUUAUUCGGGAGAAUCCGGUUAGAGCAAGACUCGAGUAGAAACCGUAUGAGCUUAACAGUAUCACGUCCGGUAUAUAGUCUUUGAGAUAUUAGAUAGAUGAAGAACUAUAUAUAUGGUAACUGAGGAUAGACAUGUUCAAUGGAUUAGAUUCCCUUGUAUCAUCUAUGAACUAUGACGUAACGACCUAGUACGUCUGCAAUCGAUGAGUCGAGUGAAUUAUUAUGGAGAUAAUAAUUUACUGAGUCAGAAGGAGUUUUGAUAUGUAUGACUCACAAUCAGCUCGAUAUUGGGCAUAGAGGGUCACAUACAUAUGGUAUGUGUUACGACGGGUAGAGGUUCAGAUAUGAGAUAUCCGCUGAAACCUCUUUUUUAUUGAAUAUCCAAUAAGCCCUUGAAUUAUUAAAUACUAUGGAUGAAAUCCAAUAAGAACCAACGAGAGAUUAUUAGGUAGAGACCUACUACCCAAUACCUAAUAAGAGGCUUUGGUAGUUGGAUGGAGAUCCAAUACCCAAUAUGGCAAGAUCCAUUAGGGUUAAGUUGAUAGAGGCCUCUAUAAAUAGGAGGGAAUCAAAGGGUCAUGGGUUAGGCUUUUUUGGCUGUCACCUCCUAUUCUCCUCUCCCCUUCUCCUCCUCGAUCUACAGCCCCUAUUUGUGGCGUGUGAACAUAAGGGGCAACCAUUUUUUUAUUGUAUGGUGUGCACGAGGAAGAGAUUUGGACAGUGAUUUAAGGAGCGUCUUCAUAGCCCCUACCGUGUGGAUCACCACUAGAGAGGAGGACAAUUAACCUCAUUCAUCAUCUUACAUAUCUAGGUAACACAUCUUUCUUAUACAGUUUUCGGUUUUGCGGGUUUUUGCAUACUAAUUUUUGUACCAUGAUGAAAAAUUUUGGGAUUUUUAUUUUUUAUUCUUCCGCUGUGCGUAUGAUGUCGUCCUAAGAUUUUCCUACAUUAAUAGACUAAGAUUUUCCUACGUAAUUAGACUUUGUUUAUUUCUUUCUAAAUGAUAUUCAUUGACCAUAAAUAAUUCGAAAGUGAUGUGCUUUCUUGAUCCUUUGAUUUGAUUGUCAUAAAUAUUUUGUUGGAUGAACAUUAUGUUGUAAAGUUGAGUUUGGAUUUGGUGUAGGAUUUAUUUUGUUUUCAUUACAUUAAAUUAUGAAUGUAAAUUGAUUAAAAUAUAUAUGCUUCUUUUUUCAAGUGAUGUGUUUUUUUAGAUGACAAUUUAAAGUUUCUGUUUGCAUACAUAUAACUAACUAUAUGUCAUUAAUAUUACAAAUAUUUUCAUAAUUUGUUCAUAUCAUGAUGGUGGGUCAGAGAUGAUAAUGUAUUUGUUAAUCUAGAUCUUCCAUCCUCGAGUGCAAUGAUCCUAAUGUCAUGGAUUUUGAUCAUGGAAUUUCCAUAAGACUAGGAAUCAGGGAAGCUACUAAACUGUGAUCUGAUGAACACCAUGGAUUUUGAUCAUUUAUGAGAUUAUGUAUUGGAGAUGUGACUUCAUUUUGAUCUUCAUUCCCUAAGGCUAGAAUGGAAGUGCUUCAGCUGCAGAGGGUUAGGGUUCUUGCAUUGUCCAAAAUAAGACGGGCAAAUAGAGUUUACUGCAACAGUUUAGAGAAAUUACUGCUUUCCUUUUCUUUUCUCCUAAGUUGCACAAGAUAUGAGCAAGAAUACAUAGGACCAAGUCAACCAUGGAUCCAAGCCUUUGUUGACUUGCAGAAAAAAUUCACAUCAAUGGGAGCCAGCCAAGCAGUUGACCUAAAUUUCAUAACAGCAUAAAUUAGCAGCUAUUCCAGUUGUCCAACAGCAACAGAAGCAAUUUUUCUAUUAUGAGUUUUUUUUUUGAGAGAAUAUAUUAUUUUUAUUUCUUGUUCUUUCAUAAUAAUGGAAUAGAUAUAUGUUACCUUCUUUGUUAGUUGAAUCCCACUUAUUAGAUAUGGAUGCCAGCAAAUUGAUCUACUGCUGUUGAUGUGCAUAGCUGCAUCAUAUGGUUUUUAUAUACUUAUGAGAUAACUAAAUGCAAUGAAUUCAUACAUAUUAUACUCUUUGAUAUGGAAUGAAGAAAAUUUAAGGCCUUGGUUGGGUGUUUAACAUGCCAACUUAACCUCAAUGAGUAAUAUGUUUAUUCAUCAAGUUGUAUAGUCCAGAAAACAAUUCAAACAAGAACAUUGAAAAGAUGUUUUUUCCCUUUUUUUUUGUUUUUCUCACUUUAGCAUUAGCAAAUCCAAUGCAAACUAAUGGCAUGAUUAGUGGAGACUAAAAAGAAAGAAAGAAAAUGAUGAAUUCUUUAAGAGAUCCAUCAUUGGGAUGUUCUCAUAUGGUGGGCAACAAAUGAGAGCUUAUACUAUUGGUAUGAUACCUAGAUCUUAGGAAGUUCUUCUUAAUUAACCCAUAACUCAACUGAUCAAUUAAUUAAAAUGGUUCAUCUCAUAAGAUGAAGUUGCUAAUGUGGGUUCUUUGAACUUGUUAAAAGAAUUCAACUCAUGGGAGAAGAAAGAAAGAAAUAGUGAAGAAGAUUGUUUUGGUUUCAUGGGCAGCGGAAAUGGUGUUGGGGGAGAGCUAGUUGGAGCUGGAGCUUAAUAGACAAGUGAUGUCAUGAUACCCAUUACUUGCAACUUGGUAAUCACCAGAGAAUUCCUUGGUUGUAUAAAGCUAUGGAUUGACAAAGCAAUUUUUCCUUUAUUUUUUUUGUCUCUGACAAAUAAUACAAUUAAUGGUAGUGUUGUUGUUAUCUUCUUAAUUAGAUGGUGAUAAAUUAGCAUUAAACAUAUACAUGCUAGCACCUUGUUUUAAGGUCUCAUGGAGGUAGUUCGAGAGGAUCCUAUCUUGUAGACUUGAUCAAUUUAGUCAAAAACUUUCCAUCAGUUUAGGUCUCGUAUUGCAAGGAAAACAAUGGAUUUUGUAGGCUAUUAUAGACAAUGGAAGACAAUUGAUGUAUCUAAUUUAAGCUUUCAAUUAAUACUAGUUUGAAGACAGCUAAGGGUUUCUCAUCCUUUGAUAUUGCCCACCAUCUCCCAAACCUAUGUCCCCUCUUAAUCUACCUUAUCUGACCUUUGUGCAACAGCUCUCUCUCUCUCUCUCUUCAAUAUACAAAAUCGACUACCUUUGUCUUUGGGGGAUCUUGUGUAGUUUUAGUACUUACAUGGUCUGUGUUCUUGUGAGUUUUUGGCAACACUAGAGAUGAAGUGGGUGGGGAUGGAGCUGUUGAUCUAGAUGAAGUUCUCCACCGAAUCCCAUUUCAGUUUAAGUCCAAGGAAGACUGCGAAACAUCUUUGAGUACAGAGUCUAGUUUUGUUUGGCUCUGCCUCUCAUAUGGAGUGGAGCAUAAUUCAACUGUAUACACCAGCAAAAUACUUCUCUUUUUCUCUCCAUUAGCAACAUCUUUUGCUUGCUUUUAUUAAUGCUCAAGGACUUGCUGAGAUUGAAAGCCUCCUUCCAUGGCUUGCAAGAUGAAAGGGCUCCUCAAGGGAAUAAAAUACAUCACCCACAUCUUUGUGCACAAGGAGCAUGAGAUGGAGAUUGGGUACCCGACAGAUGUGAAGCAUGUUGCUCAUAUUGGUUUUGACAAUCCAUUUUGGAUGGAUGAGUUCAAGUCAGCAUCUGAUUUCUCAGGCUCCCUCAGCAAUUAUGAGUCUGCACAUAGCUCUUGGGUUUCUCAAGAUUUUGAUCGACCAAGAGAGCUUCAAACAGCUUCUGCCAUGUUCAUGGAUCACCGUCUGCCUCGCAUACCAAAAGCCCCCCGGUCGAAGACCAAGCAGAAGAAGAAGAAGAACAAGGUGGCAUCUCCCACAUCGUCGGCGCGAUCGUCGAGGUCGUCGACGUCGAGACCUUCGUACUUCACUGCGAUCGAGGAUGGUGGUGAAAUAACAGGGUCUCUGGAGUGUUCUACAUAUCGAUCUUAAUUUUAUUUUGCCUGAACAACACUCGAUUCUAUAGCUAUAGAUUCAGUUGAAGAACACAAAAUGAUUUGGUCGGUGUACAGUAUUUUACUAGAUUGGGAUGAAGCAUGAUUCUUUGAUUUGUUUA